AACUUUGAAGAAGAAUACAGUCUUCAUACUAAUCCUCAAGAUAUAGGGAAUGGAGAGGAACUACCUGAAGAUCCCAUUCAAGAUCAUCGGCCACGAUUAUUAAUUAUGGGCCAGAGGAGAAGUGGGAAAUCCAGCAUCCAAAAAGUUGUGUUUCAUAAAAUGCCAGCAAAUGAAACAUUAUUUCUUGAAAGUACUAACAAGAUAGUCAAAGAAGAUAUCACGUCAUUCAUUGAUUUUCAAGUUUGGGACUUUCCAGGACAAAUUAAUUAUUUUGACUCAGCAUAUGAUUCAAAUAUGAUAUUUGGAGAAUAUGGAGCAUUAAUUUUUGUUAUCGACGCACAAGACGAUUACAUUGAGGCUUUAAAUCGCCUUCAUCAUACUGUAACGCGUGCAUAUAAAGUCAACCCUGACCUUUCUUUCGAAGUAUUUAUACACAAAGUAGACGCAUUAUCUGAUGAGUACAAAAUUGAUACACAACGUGAUAUUCAACAACGAAUUACAGAUGAAUUGGCAGAUUAUGACUUGGAACAUGUUCACUUGAACUUUUACUUAACUAGUAUUUACGACCAUUCAAUUUUUGAAGCAUUUAGUAAAGUAAUUCAAAAGCUUAUACCUCAAUUGCCAACAUUAGAAAAUUUGUUGAAUAUUUUGUGCGCGAAUUCUGGCAUAGAAAAGGCUUUUCUGUUUGAUGUCAAUUCCAAAAUUUAUAUAGCAACUGAUAGCUCACCCGUAGAUAUGCAAUCUUAUGAAAUUUGUAGUGACAUGAUUGAUGUAAUCGUUGACAUAUCUGAAAUUUAUGG